GCAGAAACAAAUCCAAAUAAUUUCCUCAACGGUUAAUAACCACCAAUCCAAAUAAAAUUGCAGAGAAACUCAAUCGUUACACAACAACACUGCUUCCAGCAAUUGAAUCGACUGUUGAUUAAGGAAUUUGAGCUCCUAAAGUUCGAAAGCAAUUAUUAUCAUGAGCUUAUGCUUUUGCUCAAUCUUGAAGCCCUCGUUUCUGAAUCGGGAACUCGAUUCCGUUUCCCGACAUCGAUUGGCGCCUAACCCUAACUUCAAGCCCUAUCAAUUGUGCAAUCUUCGAAUUGAUGAUAAUGAUUUCUGUUCCAUCAAGGCUGUUCACACUGACGGAGUCGGAGUGCUCUACCCUGACGACACCGUUUCCGACCGGACCACCCCGGUUGAUGCUCAACCUCAGGAUCAGGUUGAUGCGACGGCGGAUGGAAUCAUCGGAACUGCGAUGGAAGAAUCUCAUGAACCACCACUUCGGACUCGGGCGAAGAAGAUGGAAGGCAAGAAGGCUAAUUUAAAGGACAGUGAUAAGGAAAAUCGGUUCAAAUUGCGAAAUGGACGGGAGGUGUUUGAAGAGAAAGCUUAUCUUGUUGGUGUGGCGAGGAAAGGGGACAAUGAUAUUUCAUUUGGUAUAGAGGAUUCACUUAGUGAACUAGCACAGCUUGCUGAUACUGCUGGAUUGUUUGUUGCUGGCUCUACUUACCAAAACCUUGUGGCACCCAACCCCAGGACAUACAUAGGGUCUGGAAAAGUGGCAGAGAUUAAGAGUGCCAUCCAGGCAUUUGAUAUCGAGACAGUUAUUUUUGAUGACGAACUGUCACCAGGGCAAUUGCGGAAUUUGGAGAAGACCUUUGGUGGUGAUGUUAGGGUAUGCGACCGCACUGCACUUAUCCUUGAUAUCUUCAACCAGCGAGCAGCUACUCGUGAAGCUGCUUUACAGGUUUCAUUGGCUCAGAUGGAAUACCAACUUCCACGAUUAACAAAAAUGUGGAGCCAUCUUGAACGCCAAGCUGGAGGACAAGUGAAGGGUAUGGGUGAGAAACAAAUUGAAGUUGAUAAGCGUAUCUUGCGUGACCAGAUUGGUGCUCUCAAGAAGGAAAUAGAAUCUGUCCGCAAACAUCGAAAGCAGUACAGAAACCGUCGAUUUGCCAUACCUGUCCCUGUUGUAUCAUUGGUUGGGUAUACAAAUGCUGGGAAAAGUACCCUUCUAAACCGGUUGACUGGAGCUGAUGUUCUUGCUGAGGACAAGCUAUUUGCAACACUUGAUCCUACUACAAGAAGGGUCCAGACAAAGAACGGGAAGGAGUUUCUUUUGACUGACACUGUUGGCUUCAUCCAGAAGUUGCCAACAACAUUGAUUGCUGCUUUUAGAGCUACUCUUGAAGAGAUAUCUGAAUCGUCACUUCUGGUACAUGUGGUGGAUAUUAGCCAUCCAUUGGCAGAGUUGCAGAUUGAUGCGGUGGACAAAGUUCUUGAAGAACUUGAUACAUCCUCCAUCCCAAAGUUAAUUGUGUGGAACAAGGUCGAUAAUGCCAAAGAUCCUGAUAAAAUAAGAUCUGAAGCCAAGAAAAACCCUGAUAUUGUAUGCUUAUCUGCUUUAACUGGUGAAGGACUUGAUGAAUUCUGCAAUGCAGUUCAAGAAAAACUGAAGGAUACGAUGGUAUGGGUGGAAGCUCUGAUUCCGUUUGACAAAGGAGAGCUCCUAAGCACCAUUCAUCAUGUUGGCAUGGUUGAAAAGAUUGAAUAUGUUGAAAAUGGAGCUCUGGUGAGAGCUCAUGUUCCACUCCGCUUUGCUAGACUUCUCACUCCAAUGAGACAAACCUGCGUGUCAUAGAUCGUGACCAUUAAUAUGUUGGAGUUUGAGAUGAAGAUGCGGUUGCAGCUCGUGUGAUCAUGAUCAGUCCAUGUAGCUACUAAAGCAGUGAUGCCUAUUUCUCCAAACUCUCCUCUGUAUAUAGAAACCGUGAGUUGCUUAUUCACUUCAUUUCGAAGCUUCUUGCUCAUAUAUCAGGAAACCUCAAGCAAGGUGGAAAUGAAAUAUGUUUGUAAAUCAUACUGUUGUAUGAUGAUGAACUUCUACGGCCACUUUUACUAGCUAAGGAUGUUUAGAAUCACAAAUUUCUAGCUAAGGAAAUUGUUUCUUGUAUUGCAAUUUCCUCGUGAGAGGGCAAGAAAAUCACAAAACACGUAAAUGACAAGGUGUGGUAAAAGUAUGAUGGAGCACCAAAUAUGAAAGCUUAAAAGAAAAUCCAUUAGCAUAA